GGAAGUCAGUCGGAAGACAAAUGAUGUAACACGUAGAAAGUUCCGGAUUAUUCAAAGGUCGAAAUAAAACUGCGAGCGUGAGGCUUAGUGGAUCAGUGUUGUGGCUGUUUUAAUAAAUUAAUCAUCUAAGUCUACCUUAUAGUUUAAAAUGCCCAGAGGAAGCAGAAGCAGGACUUCUAGGAUGGCCCCUCCAGCCAGGGCACCACCAUCUCCUCCACCUAUGGCCCGUGCUGCACCUCCACCUGCUUCAUCCCAUGCUCCAGUUCCAAUGCAGGCCCCUCCGUCUGCCUUAGGAGCACCGGCUGCUGCACCCAGACAGCCAGGUUUGCUAGCACAGAUGGCCACAACUGCUGCUGGUGUAGCAGUGGGCUCCGCAGUAGGACACACCCUCGGCCAUGCCAUGACUGGAGCCUUCAGUGGAGGAAACUCUGAGCCUGCCAAGCCUGAUGUCACGUACCAGGAGCCGUAUCAGCAGCAGCCUCAGCAGCUGCAGCAGCAGGCCUGCUCCUAUGAAAUGAAGCAGUUCCUUGAAUGUGCCCAGAACCAGAGUGACCUGAAACUCUGUGAGGGAUUCAGCGAGGUGCUCAAACAGUGCAGGUUUGCUAAUGGUCUACCUUGAGACGGAGACACUACUGCAGCAUCAGUAUCACUCCUCAUCACAUCGUUACUAUCUGGGAUCAGUCAAUAAACAUAAUUUCUCUUAUGAUCAUCAGCAUUUAUUUGUUAGGAUUCUGCUGCAGUUUGUAACCAUAGUCUUUAUAAAUACUGUUUAUAUAUUUUGCUGUGUCAUGUUUUCAGUUAAUUCUAAAUUUGACCAUCCUUCUCAUCAGCAUAAAUGUACCAAAAGCAAAAUACUUAGUUUUAAUCUUCUGGUUCAACAUUUGCUUGUAACAAGAAGACAACUAAUAAAGAACUUGGAUCAGA